AUACUAGAGAUUUUUAAUUUAUCAGCAUUGACAGAUAUUGGACAUUCAAUCCCUUAUUUAUACAUUUACAGUAAAUUACACUAAACGUUCUUGAAGCUUUAAAAAUGUUAAUAAUUUAAUAAUACUUUUAAAAGUAAACUUUAGCAAACCUCAACAUGAAUGUCAAUUUUUCAUACUGUACAUUAUAUAUUUUAUUGCACAUUAUACUGUAAAUAUUGUACAAAUCUCUAUGUUUGCUCAUUCGGAUGCAUUUUACCUUUUUCUGAGGUCAGUCUGAAUUUGUUUACUUAUUUUCUCUUUCAGUUAGUGUGAAAGUUAAACAAUAUUUAUUUGCAUCCUCUGAUUUGCAUCGCAGGUCAUUUAAAAAAAAAAAAAAAAAAAAAAACACUUUCAAAGGACACCACUUUAAAAGUGUCCUUGAAAUAUUACACAAAAGGUGAGUCUGUAUUUUUUUUUUUUAAUCAAAAAUAGAAUCACAAGAUGGGGACAGAGACAAACUAAAAUGGUAAAACAUUAAAAUAAAAAUAAAACAAAACAAAAAAAUUGAGGUAAAUCAUGAUGACGAGCCACCCCAUCCACAGUCUUUUUAAAGCAUAUAUAUAUAUAUAUAUAAGACAUUUUUAAAAAGACACUAUCAAAAUUUUAGGCAUAUUGAUUAUUAUAUUGUCAAGAUCAGGAACUACAGUGAGCCAGCACAGAUAACAGUCUGUGGCAAUUUAGAAAAAAAAAAAAAUGAAUCCAACAGAAUGAGAAACUAAAUUAGACCUGAAAAGCUUGGAGAUUUUUUUUUGAGCAUACAAAAACAUUUCUAUAUUAGUUUAAUAUGUUACUUUGGAAUGAGGGAAAGGUCAUUUCCACAUUUUCCACACAUUUUAAGACAAAUUAUACUUAAUUUUACUCCUAAAUUCGUGUUUGACUUAUAUACUAUAGCUGGACCCUGGAUGUACUGUCUGUGAAACAAUUUGUGAUUUAUUUCAAAUCAAUUCACUUUAUUUUCAUUCAGAGCUUAAAAAAAAAAAAAUCAAUAAAUAUACUGUCUCCAGGGUUGGGGUGUCCAAGCAACUCAAAGGAAUAAGGAGGAGUCUUACAAAUAUAGCUUAGCCUUUGAUUGGUUAAGGUUGUCCUUGUCUUACUGGUCUAAGUAAGAAAUCUUCAUAAAUUCAGACCUGCAAUCGUCUCUUUGGGCAUUUCUGCUGAUAGUAAAACACUGGAUAUAUUGACAAUAUGGCAAUGAAGGCUACAGUCACUGUGUUUUUGUUUUUGAGUCUCUUUGGAUUGAACACCAGCCUCUACAGAAAACACUACUAUGUGAAUAAGUAUAUGGGGUGGUCAGAUGCAAGGCGAUACUGCAAAGAAAACCAUGAUGACCUGUCCACCGUGAGCAAUGAAGAACUGCAAUCACUUUCUGAUAACACACAGAGCACCUUUGGUUAUUACUUCAUUGGUCUUAGUAGAGAUCCCAACGACCCAGAACGGUGGAGAUGGACUGAAGGUGAGGAUGCAACUAAUGUAAUGUGGGACAAUGACCAACCAAAUUCUCCUUAUGAACAGCAAUGUGCUGCUGUCAAAAAAUCAAAUUCUAAAGUUCAUGAUGUUGAUUGCUCUUGGGCUAUACCAUUUUAUUGUAUGGAGGUCUUUAAGCUGAUCCUAGUGCAGCAAGAAAGCACGUGGGAAGAGGCCCUGCAAUACUGCAGACAAAACUACACUGAUCUUGCCGGUCUAAGCUCAGAUGUGAUUAUGAAAGAGGUGAAAGUUAAGACCACAUCAGCCCUGACAGAUGAUGUUUGGAUUGGUCUGCGCUUUAUCGCUGGUCACUGGUUCUGGGUAAAUGGAGAAGAUCUCGACUAUAAGGUCUGGUCUGCGGAUGGAGAGCUCCAGUGUCCUGCCAUAAAUCAGCGCUGUGGAGUUUAUGAUGUAAAGCAGAAAAAUUGGAAACCUGCAGACUGUGAGCAGAGACUCAACUUUCUCUGUGUCAAGAACCCAUGAAAUGAUUUAUUUGAAUAAUGAUGACAACAAGCCUGGUGACUAAAGAGCCAAACAGUAAAGCCUAUUUUAAUAGUUAAU